AUGUCGGUCCUAAUAAAUGGCUCUCCCUCUAAACCCUUCAAAAUUGAAAGGGAUCUACAACAAGGAGAUCCUCUUUCUCCUUUUCUAUUUGUCCUUGCUGUGGAUGUUCUACAUAGGAUGAUUAGAGAGGCGGUGUGGAAUAGACGCAUUACUCCGUUGUUGGUUGAAAGGGAUAACAUUGAGUUGUCACAUUUGCAGUUUGUAGAUGAUACUAUACUUUUUUACCCUUCUGAAGAAGACACGAUCAGAAACUAUAAGUGGUUGCUGCGCUGCUUUGAGAUGAUGUCAGGACUGAGUAUCAAUUUUGACAAGUCCAGCUUGAUCCCGGUUAAUCGUGAGCAAAGUUGGACACGACAGAUGUGUCGACUGUUGGGGUGUAAAGAGGCAUAUUUACCUGUUAGAUAUCUUGGCAUUUCUCUGGGGGGAAUUCAAGGCUGGUCAAGACCGGAAAACCAGUGA